AUGGAGUGUUUUCAUAAUGAUGUCGACAAUGGUAGCCGCUGUUUCUCAUCCUUUUGCUCGAAUAAUUAAAUCCAAUUUUUUAGAUUUCUCCACUAUUAGAAAACACAAUUCGGAGCUGGAUAUUUGCUUGGAUAGCGUGGUCAACAAAGCAUCGUCGGCGAGUCGUGUUUCGGUGAACACAGCGUUGUCGGUGGAGACUGUGGAGCCGAAUCUGAAUGCGGACGCGGAUCCGUCGUUAGGCACCCGAAUCUCAUUCAGCACGGCGUCCGAGAUCAGCGAGAACGAGCCGAGCAAGACUAUUGGUACUGUUUCCGAGUGGAAGUCAACCCGAUCCCUGUGAUUGCAGACGAUUACUGCUCGUCCGUCCUUCGGAUGCCUCCAAAAGUAUGGAAGAAUGAGAGAGGCGUCUUGCGCUUCGAAAUGAUUGCCGACGGACAGAAAGUGGUGGUGCUCGACUCGCUGGAAUGCAUGCAACGCCUGGAAUCUUCCACUCUCGAGCCCGUCUUCUUCGAUUCGCGUCUCUAUUUGGGAGUGUCUGAUUCUGUUGACUUGGAGUACGAAGAUUCGGAAGACGUUCGCACAGCCGAUCUGGGUCCCUCUUUCUCGCAAUUCCCUCAGUUCCUGUCCGAAAUGAAAGAGAAACAAUAA